CUUACUUUCAAAUACAUGUUUGGAAUGCCCACUGCCAUAAUCCAAAACAGAUUUACAUUGGAUUGUAUAAAGAACACACACACACACACAUAUAUAUAUGAAUGAACUGGAAAGCUUUGCUAAGAAAAUAUAUUUGACAAGGUCAGAUAAACAUUUGAUGAGCGGACAAACAUUAAUAUUCUCUGAAACUUUCGGCUCAACAUGUUAAGAGCCUUCCAUGUUAACUCCAGCUCCAAAAUGCCAGAAAAUUAACUGGAGGAUGAAGCGCUGCAAGGACAAGGGCACCUGCUUCUUGGACACAGCAAUUCAACGGGUGGAGCGCUUCCCGGCACGCCAAUGCUGGUGAGAGGAAAGCAUCGCCCAUUGAAUCGCGCCGGGUUGGGAACCCCACCUACUAAACUGCUUCAUUGCGAGGCUCUUAAGCGGCUUCUGACGCUGCCCUCGCGAGAGCCGCAGACUCUACUCUUUGGGUUUCGCCACCUGCAGCCCAGCCGAGGAAGUUCCACCGCGCGCCCACCAGGGGGCAUUGCAGAAUCCCGGCUGCUCAGGCCAGACGCGGGAGCGGAUUUCUCGCUUCCGUUCGUGCACGGAGCGGGCCGGUGAAUUCUCGGUUAUCAUGGACCCCCCCCCCCAAGCUGCGCCCUUUAGAUAACAGGCUGCAUUGGCUUGGGGGGGGUCGAGGGGGGAACGCAAAAAGAUAACAUUUCACACAAGAGAAUAAAAAACGGAAAGUGCCUCAGCUUCCUCUCUUUGCCGGGGCGGAGAAACCGCUGCCCAGCCCUAUCCCCCCCCCCACUGUCUCCUAUAGGCAGCUCUCACUUCCGCCUCCCCUAGCAGGGGAAGAGCCUCACAAGGAACCCGGAAAGCCUUCCUCCAGGAAAACCAGCUUGCCCCUAAGUGACAUCUUCAUCCUAUCUCUACGGUUCCUUUUCCCCACACUCCUGGGCAGCCAUGGGCGCGGAGCCACGCAGCCGCCAGGAGACUCUGGCUUUGCGGAAGCAGCUCAUCGGGUAAGUGGUGAUUCUGCUGAGAGGGGAGGGUGUCCUUCCAGAGACGAGAGGGUAUUUCCUCCCCCCGCUUCCUUCCAGGUGUGCCCCUCUUGAGGUUGCCCACGUGACUCUGAGCCCGGCGUCGGUGCCCCAGGAAAACCGGUCCCAUCCGAAACUUUCAGCGUCCGGGACGUGUUCCGGCUCCUGGCGCGUUUGGGUCAGAUACCUUUAACCUGCUUGCCUCGCUCGGUUAAUAGCUGCUACGUGGCAGGCGCGCUAGAGAGACCCGCAAUAUGCCCCGCUCGCUCCAGUCGCAAAUCCCGCUCCGCCCCUUCCCAUGGCAUAGGAUCCGGCUGCCUCGUGUGGGUUAGCAGCGUGUAUUUCUCAUUCUCGCGGAUUACCACAGAAAGGCACGCGGCCUAACAAUACUGCAAAACGUUUAGGAUAUAGACUAAAAUACAGUCGCUCUUCUCCCACAGCUUUGUAAGAUGCUUGCUUCAGUAUACUGAAUGCUGUUUUGAUUUCUAAUGCGCAGGGGCACAUAAAUGUAAUGUACAUGUGUUCUGAUCCAGCAAAUGUUUGAAUUUCUAAUGUGAGGAUAUAAAGCUCUCCCCCCCCCCCCGCCCCGGGUCAGGCCUUUUUAUUGGUCUUUCAGAACAAAGUCCUUGUUAGGAUAUCUGAACCUAAGGGGUCCGGAUCCAGUCACCUCGUGCCCUCGCCGUGAGCGUGAAGGAGUCAAGCAGACACCAGGGUGGGUUUCACAGAGAAAAAGGUUUAUUGCAGAAUCUGCGCAGAGACAGCCAGCGGAAUAGCUUCCAAAGACUGGCCGCCCCCCCAAUUGUCUUGCAAGCAUUCUUAUACUGAAGCUGCAAGCUUGGCUCCUCAGUUGCUCCCCAAUCAACAGGCAGAGAUAACUUCAUUACCUUAUUAGGCUAGCCAAGCCCCCCCUUUGCAUAUAUUGUUUGCUUUGCAUUGUAUAUGUUUGCAUCUUCAGCACAACUGAAGCAGGAAGCCAGACAGGAAAACCACUGCUGGCCUACAUAGCUGGCCUACAUAGCUGGAGCAAUUGUUAGCUGGAGCGCUAAUACAUGGUGGGGUUUACCCCCCCUCUCCCUUCAUCCUCACACCCAGCCCAGUACUUGCUAUCUCCUGACUAUCCGUUCCAUGCCCUCAAUUCAACUUUCUGGUUUAUUACUAGAUGCAUAUCCCGCCUUGCUUUCAAGGAGCUCAAGGCAGCAUACGUGGUUCUCUUUCUCUCCCCUUCUCCCAUUAUCUUCACAAUAACCCUGUGAGGUAGGUUAGGCGCUUAAAUAGAGAACCAAGGUCACCCAGUCAGCUUUAUGGCCAAGUGGGGCUCUGAACCCUUUCUAGAGGGGCCUGUCCAGGUGAUGUUGGGGGCAUAGUGUCAGCCUGUGGUGGUUGUUUUGCGAACAGAUCAUUUGAAGAUCUGCCUACACACACAUUAAACUGCCUAGGCCCUAAGAUCAGUUUUCGAGGCCUAAUGCUGUGAUCUGCCACCAGGCAUGUCCAAAGUCCAUUUCAGGGGCUUAAUCCGGCCCGGUGGUCAAUUUAAUCUGGCCCCCGUGGCAGUAUAUGUCCUGGGGUAAAAUCCUUUAAAAAGCUCAGCAACUUCAGUCCCCCCAAAAAUGUCAACAAUUUUGGGGUAAAAUUGUAAAAAAAGCUCAGCAAUUUCGGUCGGCCCUCACAUGUUCACUUCAUCAGAUCUGGCCCUCUUUGAAAAAAGUUUGGGCACCCCUGCCACUAAGGUUGUUGGGUACCAGGGGACAGGACCUUUGGUGGCACCACACCUGUGGAAUUACUUCCCAUGAGUUCCUUUUGUGGUGUUUAACUGGACUUUACAGACGUUAUACUUCUGCCAAGCAUUUAUCUUACUGCUGACACCCCCAUAUUUGCUUUAUAAUCUGAUGUCUGUGUUAAUUUGUUUUGAGCAUUUAUAGUGUAAACCGCCUUAUGAUGCUUUGCCCAAAAGGUUGGGGUGGAAAUAUUUUAAAUAAAUAAAAUUACCUAAGAAAAGGUAAGAGAGAAGAAAAAUUGUAAGGUUCAAUUUGUUUUAUGAUACUUGAUUAUUACCUCUGGCUAAACUCUUUAGCACUAACUUGGCAGAGUAAGUCUGGUAGCUAGCGCAGUGGAUUCCCCUACCUUGGGGGCUUUUAAGCAGAGAUUGGUUGGCCAUCUGUUAUGGAUGUUUUAGUUGAUUCCUGCAUUGCAGGUUGGGCUAGAUGACCCUCUGGGUACUUUACAACUCUACAAUUCUACAAUGCUGUGGCUCUCCAGUAAAGAACCACACUGAAGAAACAACCUAAUCCAUUUCCUGGUUGCCAAAUAAAUACAAAUAAAGGGAUUGCCGUACUUCUAAAAGGUCUCUCUACAACUGACAUAUUGUAGACCUUUCAAAAGGAGAAACUUCUGGGAAUGUGCUACAGAGGGCUAAGGAGGCUACUUUCAGCAGAGCAUAGAAACUGAAACAUGGUAUAUGAGGGGUAUGCAAAAGGUAAAAUUUAUUCUUUAAGUCAGCCUUUGCCAACCCGCUACCAUUGGACUAUCAUGACUGUCAGCUCCAGCCAGCAUGGCCAUAAAGGCUGGGGCUCAAGGAAAAUAUGUCAAAAUUUGUUCAGAAUGUCAAUGGCACCAAAUUGGCAAAGGCUUCUCUAAGCCAUAACCCCUCUUAGAUUUUAUUAGUGCGGAGGCUUUAAAUUACUGCUCGUAUUUCUUGAAAUUUAAUAUGAUAAAAGUUUAGACUAAUUUUUUAGUAUUGAAUUAGUAACAAGAAUGGAGGGAAUUAACUAAAAAGUUUAUUUUAAAACAUUAGUUCAUUGAACAUGCUAAAAAAAAUGCAAUAAAUUUAGUGACGUGGGAGUAUUUGCUUCUCAUUUCAAUUUUACUUUGUUUUUUUAAUUCAGAUCCUCCUGCAAGCUUUUUUUCCCAGAAGACCCUGUGAAGAUUAUCAGUGCAAAGGGCCAGUAUAUGUAUGAUGAAAAUGGAAACAAGUACCUUGACUGUAUCAACAACGUUGCUCAAGGCAAGCGUGAAACCACAUUCUUGUUAAUAAGCACUCACAGGCCUAAACUACAUUUAUGUGUACAUUCUUGUAAUGGUAACCUGCUGGCCCAAUUUAAACUGGACAAAACUGAUUCUGGCCAGUGAAACCUGGCUUGGAAAAUCAGGGGCUUAAGUGUGUGCACUUAAUCAUUUCCCUGCAGUUAACCUGUUCCUUAUCGCAUACACAGACAUCCAAAUUUGCCCCAUGUGACAAAUGUUUGAUCUCUUCACAAAUAACUCCAGUGCAUGCCCAUUAAACCUCAGCCCUACAGCUCCAUGGCCAGCAGUGCCAGAUCAGGCACCUGGAUAGGCUGGCAUGACAUGGUAGGAAGGCAACUAUUACGCCUAUCUGUACAGCCUUUGUACAGGCAUUGUUUGGCUAGCCAGUAAGCCAAGUCACCUAUACCCUGACCUGAUACAAGACCUCCACUGCUAGAGGGAAUAUGCCUUUGAAUACCAGUUUAGAAUCACAAGUGUGGAGAGUAGAUAUGCUCUCGGGUCCUGCUUGCGAGCUUCCCCAUAGACAUCUUGAUUAGCCACUGUGAGAACAGAAUGCUAGACUAGAUGGGCCUUUGGCUCUUAUGUUUUAAAUUUUGCAUGGUUUUUUAAGGACAUUGUCAGGGGUUCAGGGAGAGAGGCACAGGGUAGGCAGGAGAUGGAGAGCGAGGGGGAGGAAUUCCAAGCCAGCGAGGAAGAGGAUGACAAUGACUCAAGAGAUUCCAUGAGUCUUUCCAGCGAAUCAGAGGAUUCCCAGAAGGGGGCGCCGGUGGUCAAGGCCAAUGCAGCCCCAGGGGGGAAGUGUCAGGAGCAGGGUGCUAGCGGAAGAUCCCAAAGUGGCAGCUGGGCGUCAGGACCAGCCUCCCCACCAGAGUGCAGCGAAGGGGUGGAGUUUCCAGUGUGUCAGAGGAAGCAGCUCCAGCAGCAGAGAAAGGAGGGGGUCAGGGCAAGCCGCCCUCCCGGAGGGGGGGGAGCAGUGAAGGGAGUAGUGUAACUGUCAAAAGGAAAGUUAGAGGUUUGGCGCGCGCGCCUAGUUCAAAUGUAGAGGCGCGCGGAAGUGCAGGGAGCCCGGAGGAGGGGCCAGGUCCCAAAGCCCGCAGGAGGGGGGGAAGAGCAGUCUGGGGAUUCCGCGUCAGAGGAAUCCAGGAGGGGCGAAACCCCAGUGGGCAGAAGGACCCUGCGGAAAAGGAAGGAGAGAAAGAGGUGGAGCAGCGCAAGUCUCUUAAAUUGGUGCAGGGGAGAAACUGACUCAGAGGGGACUUCGGCGGUCUAGCGUAAGAGACGUAAGGCUGCGCGCCUAGGAUGUCAAGCAAACCAUGAACUGCAAUAAACACUUUUGUAUAUAAGAAGACAUAGGCGUUGGUCUUUUGUGAGCUAAGACCUGAGGCAGCCUUGACAGACAUAUAUAAAAUAAAGGAGUCAGAGCCAACAUUUGCCUUAAUAGCAUUUAUGGACACUUGGCAUUCUCUCAUCUUGCAUCUUCCUUAUUUUUCAGUUGGACACUGCCAUUCAGAAGUGAUCAGAGCAGCACAUCAACAAAAUUUGGCACUAAAUACAAACUCUCGGUAUUUGCAUGACAAUUUGGUGGACUAUGCACAAAGACUCUCUAAUACAUUGCCUAAGAAGCUGUGCACUUUCUAUUUUUUGAAUUCAGGGUAAGUUUGUGACACAUUGCUUAAUAGGACUUCUUCAUGAGCACCAUUUCAAGCUGCAUUUCUUCUAAGGCUGCAGUCCUGUACACGCUCCCUUGGAAGUAAAUAUCAACUGCUUAGUAAGAAUAUGUAAGAUGAAGCAAUUAACUUUAAAUUAGUCACACUAGAAAUUGACUAACUUUUUCAUUGUAGGUCAGAAGCCAAUGAUCUUGCUCUGAGAUUGGCACGGCAGUAUACAAAACAUGAGGACAUACUUGUGGUGGACCAGUAAGUAUAUAUAUAUACUUUUAACAAAGUAAAAUUAUAAAGCAAACCUGGGAAUUUUCAUUUAACUUUUGAAGAGAAAGUUAAAAUGCCCAAUGUAGACAUGUUUUUACUAGAAAGUUGGGAGUGUCUUAGGGUUUAUUCUCUUGCAUAAUUUUUUUACAUUUGAAUCCUGCCCUUCUUCCAAGGCGUCUCAGAGCAAGGUACGUGAGCUUCCCAGGCAACUUACCACCCAGGUACUUGUCAAGCCUAGACCUGCUUCUGUUUCUGAGCCAGGAGUACAUCAGGUUCCUUAAGUCCAUUUUCUGGGCCCCAGGUUGCAUGUUGUCAACAUCAAGGUACAGUACAUACAACCUUGCAGGAAAUUACACUGUGCUACCAAUGGAAUGGGCACUGUGCUUCUUGACUAAAUCAUAAUUUAUACUGUCAUUACAAGAGCUUGAAGAAACAGAAAAUUUAUCUUCCAGGCAGCUGCUUGCCUUCUCCAGAAAGGGGCAACAGAAUGAAUAUGUGAAGUGCUUAAGCACAGCAGCUUCAGUUUGGCAGUCUAAAUGCUGCAAAAUCUCUGGUAGUCCCAGUGAAUUAAUGUAGACUUCACUGUGUGGUUCUACUGAUUGUUUGUUUUUAUUUAAAGUGCUUAUCAUGGACAUCUGACAUCCCUGAUUGACAUAAGUCCAUAUAAAUUCAGAAAUCUAGAAGGCCAAAAGGAAUGGGUCCAUGUGGUAUGCAAAAGAGAGCGUACUUUGACCAUUUUCCAUUAAUUUCUAAUUCAUCUAAGCUCUGAUGAUGUGAAUAGCAAUUACACUUUCUUUGGACAGGCUCCUCUUCCUGACACAUACCGAGGAUUAUACAGAGAAGACAAUAAGGAUCCGGCCACAGCAUAUGCCAAUGAAGUGAAAAAAAUAAUUGACCAAGCACAGCAAAAAGGAAGAAAGGUAAAAUAAAGAGUUAAGUGGAAUAUAACCUUUCAUCCGUCAUAUAAUGUCAACCUGACUUUAAUGUAUUCUGAAAAUUUUUCACAUGUAAUGUGUAUAUUUCAUCUCAAGGAGUAACUGCGCUGAAAAGGUUUCAGAUAAUAAUUUAUCUUCUGCGUGUACAUAUACCAUUUGCUCAAUAAACAGAGAUUUGUGUGUGUGGAAGGCAGGCAGGCAGCCUAGUACUGUAUGAAGACUUCUGAAUUAGGAACACAAAAUGCUGAUACAGCUUGAAAUGUGGCAUGCAUACCGCUACAGACUUCACUUCAUUUUAUCUUUUCAGUUUGCUGCCUUUUUUGUGGAAUCUUUACCAAGUGUUGCUGGACAAAUCAUUCCACCACCUGGUUAUUUCCAAAAGGCAGCUAAGUGAGUAUUGCUUUUUAACUUUCCUUAUAUAUUUUCCCACUCCCAACUAAACUGCUUUGUUUGAGCUUCUGGCUAAGGACUUUUGGUGCUGUUGUGAACUCUGCCAAAGUUAAGCACUUUUAAAUCCCAUUGAUUUCAUUGGGAGAAAUAGCCAUGUGUCACACUGAAAACAAUAAGGCUUAGAAGUGUGCAACUAUCUUUAAUGGAAAUAAUUAUCUUACUUGCUGUUCAAUUUUGUCAGCACUGAACAAUUUUUUGUUCAUUGUGCUUAUUGCAUUUUUAAUUUUAAGGAAAUUUAAUAUUUUGAAGCACACAAUCAAAUAUUCCAACUUUUAAAAUGAGAAUCAGCUACUAAACUAAUUAUAAAUUUAUUGGGUUUUAUACUCCUUUAUACCUGUGUGUGAUUUGGCUUUUUUAAUAGGCACAUACACAGCGCAGGAGGUGUAUUCAUUGCUGAUGAGAUUCAAGUUGGCUUUGGAAGGGUUGGCAAACAUUUUUGGGCAUUUCAACUUCAAGGAGAGGAUUUUAUUCCCGAUAUUAUCACCAUGGGAAAACCAAUUGGCAAUGGGCAUCCUGUUUCUUGUGUAGCAACGACAAAGGAAAUUGCAGAGGCGUUUUCAGCAACAGGAGUAGAGUAUUUUAACACGGUAACUUCCCAAAUCCGUAUUGUGUGACUGCAAACUACCUGUGAAAGACAUCUUUAAUUAGACAUUUUUGUUUAAUGUAAAGAUAAAGGUACCCUGACCGUUAGGUGCAGUCGCGGACUCUGGGGUUGUGCACUCAUCUCGCUCUAUAGGCCGAGGGAGCCAGCCUUUGUCCGCAGACAGCUUCCGAGUCAUGUGGCCAGCAUGACUAAGCCGCUUCUGGCGAACCAGAGCAGCGCAUGGAAACGCCGUUUACCUUCCCGUGGUACCUGUUUAUCUACUUGCACUUUGUGCUUUCGAACUGCUAGGUGGGCAGGAGCUGGGACUGAACAACGGGAGCUCAUUAUGUCGCGGGGAUUGAACUGCAGGUCGGCAAGCCCUAGGCUCUGUGGUUUAGACCACAGCGCCACCAGUGUCCCAGUUUUGUUUAAUGUACUUUCAUAUAAACUGUUGUAGUGUGCUGCUUUUAGAAUUCCUUUCAAUUCAGAUUAGUCCACUACUAAAUGUAGAAAGCUUAUCUCUACUUUGUGAUUUUCUUCCCCCGGCCCCGGGUUCAGUUUGGAGGAAAUCCUGUGUCCUGUGCAAUAGGUAUAGCGGUCUUGGAUGUGAUUGAGAAGGAACAGCUUCAACUCCAUGCCCUCCAGGUGGGAAGCUUCCUCAUGGAACUACUCAAUCAGCAAAAAGCAAAACAUCCUCUAAUUGGCGAUGUCAGGUAUCAAUUUCUUUACAAUCCAAUCUUUAUGUGCUUUAACUAGUAACUAUUUCAUCCUCUUUAUAAAGAGAAAGUACCUGCCUUACCGCCACUUGCCAUUUUUAAAAAUGGAGCAUUAAAUGGAGAAGCCAACUUACAAAAUCUAUGCAUUGCAGCUUGUUGCCUUCUUACUGAUACCCUUUUUCUUUUAAAAGGGGUGUUGGAUUGUUCAUUGGAGUAGAUUUGGUGCAAGAUCAAGAGAAAAGAACCCCUGCUACUGAAGAAGCAGCCAUCAUCGUAACAAGGUAUAUAUGGCUUCCCCAUCCCUGAUCAACACUAAUUCAUUGUGUCCCCUCACUUUUUCCAGAUUUCUUGUAUGUUCAGAGUUGGUCAUGUGAAUAUUACAAGUGGAGAUAUGUGGAGCCUCUAAGCCAUUCCUCCCUUUGCACUUACCUUCUAUCCAUCACAGGUAUCUGUGGGUGUUUAUUCCAAGAACCGGGGGCAGAGAAUAUACAGCAGGGGUAGGAAACCUGUGGUCCUCUGGAUGUUGUUGGGAUUCCCAUCAACAAGAAAUAAGAGUUGUAAUUGGAGCAUCACAGGUUCCCCACCCUAGCCUAAAGCGUGAGUGCAGAGGGAAGAAAAGGAAAGCACACCAACUCACUCUCUCAUAAACUGCAUCAAAGCUAAAUGAUUCUUGUGUCUUUUUCCUUCCCAGUUUGAAUCACAGUCCUGUCAGCAGCACCUUCCAAUUAUUCUGGGUAGCAAACAUACCCCAGCAUAAGUCCCAAUUUGCCUGCAAGGACAUUGGAUGUGGAGCAGGUCUAGCUCAUGCCACUGAUACUAGCAUGGUUGAAGACUUCAGGCCUGCUGGGAUCAGCUGUGCAACAGUUUCCCAUUGGGAACUUGGAUCACAGCCAAUCCAUGCAGAAAGCAGCUUUGCCAGUCCUUAGGUUGGUACUUGGGAAGUGCUUUGUGCAGCAGUUCCCAAGUGCCUUUCAAUCAAGCAACUGUCUGUCAGGUACUUGGGAAGCACUGUACAAGGGAGGGAGGUGGGACAAUACAGCUGUCAAUCAGCGGACUUUGUCCACCUGAUUCAGAACACCCCCCACCUUGGUGUACUUUUUGAGACAUGUGAUAACAGAAAGUGUUCUUGGAAAAUGGCUUGGGAUCCAUAUUUUAUUAUUUUAAUGUAAACUGUGCUCAUUUAACUGACAUUUUUGUAACCUGCCUGGAACCAUUUGGUAAAGGGUGGACUGUAAGCACAAUAUAUGAGAGUAAGUAUGGGGGUCAGCAUACACUGAGGGCAAUAGUAAGGGUCUGGCCAAUCAACCAUCUUUAUAAGUUUAUUAAACAGGAUUCCUCUUUCCUUCCUUGUCUACCUCUGCUAAGUUAUUCACAGCGAGAUUCUGUGGAUUCUCUGCUGUGAGCUCAUAACCUUUCUGGAGCAGACAGGCUCCAUGCUCAUUGCAGGGAACUACUGUGAUCAACCUGGUGCAGAGUUCAUUAGACACAAAUCAAAACUGUCAGGUGCCGCCCAAUUGACUUAUUGGGUUCUGACAUACUGUGAGUAGGCCCACUGAAAUUAAUAGUAAUGGCCAGUGCUUUUUUCUAGAAAAAGUGGCAGUACUCACCAAAGUUGUUACAGCAAGUACCAGGAAAAAAAGCACUGGGUAGAGGUAAUAAAUUAUUAGUAUUGUUGUAUGCAGCCCAUAAUAAAAAACUGCAUCAUAGUAAUAAAAAAAGCCUUCUGAGCAAGGCAAAGAAAAACAAGCUUUUGCAGCGGGAGACAGCCAAGUGGAGGCACUUCCUUCCCCCCCUCGCUUCAUCCAUCCAUCUCUGCCGCUCCCUCAAAUGCUGAUCAGAAAGAGGGUGGGAUGUUGUGACACAUACAAUUUAUUUUUGCAAAGACAAGAGUCUGCUUCUCUCUGUCCGCCUGCCCCAUCCCCUUGAUGCUGAUGUUUUCCAACAGGUGCCCAGCUGGGCAUGGCGGUGGCUGAUGCUCCUCCAAUACCUGUAGGUCUGUGGCAGGACGUAGUUUCCUCGGCCAAGAAUCAUGUGCGCCAGGCCCCCUCCGCAGGUUCUCCCAUAAGGAUGUCCAGUGGAGCCCCCCACCCCCAAUUCUCUCCCAGAAAGGGCAGGUAGCCAUAGGCAAGCUUAAAGCAUCAGGGGACUGGCUAGUGGAGUGAAGAAGGUGCAGCAGCAACAAUCACCAAAAGAAAAAAUGUGCUUGCCAAUAUCCACCCUCCUGUGCCACAGUUGCCCUAGCAAUGGCGGCAGCAGCAUGAUCACCCAGCAAAAACAGGCAAAAGUCUCUGCCGCCCCUUCACAUUAUGCUCCCUCUCUUCCCCACCCCACAAACUGAGCCUGGCCCAUCCUGCCAGAGUAGCUCCCUCCCCCUCUCCCUCACAGCCGUGCCCAAGCUCCACCCAAUGUUGCAGCAGGGCACCCAUGCGGGAAAAUGCAAGGCCCCACAACAAGCAAGAAGGGAAGGGAGAGUGUGCAGUCAUUUCCUAACCUUGCCCUGUGGCAUGCUCAGCUUUGCCUCUCUGCCCUUGUCACCCAGGAUUAGUUCCUCCUACCCAAAUAUCUGGCAAACACAUCUAUUCAUAAUUAUAUUUAUUAAUCUGUGUUUUUUCCUAGAAAAAAUAGUGAUGGUACUGUACACCAGUGUAACCCGCCAAAAAAAGCACUGGUAAUGACUUACUUGGGUCUGCUCUGAGUAGUGUAUUUGGAUAAAACUCUCAGUGUGCAAAAAGCCACUAGCUCUGGGGCCCAAUUCUAGUCCACUUCAUGGAGCAGGAAGAAAAUCCCCUUUGCUGGUAGUGUUGAUAAGCUCUUUGCAGCUACUGAUAGCUUGCAGUGGUGCUUUUAGUAGAGACUGUAUACUGUGGCAGUGACAGAAUAGCUGACAAGAGAUUUUACCACUAGUUACUUCAAUCAGCCAUUUUUUCCUUUUUAAAAAAUCUAGAUUAAAGGAAGAAUUCAUUAUGUUGGCUACAGAUGGUCCAGGCAGAAAUGUGCUUAAGUUCAAGCCACCGCUCUGUUUCAAUGCAGAAGAUGCAAAACUGGUUGCGGACAAACUUGAUAAAAUAUUAACAGGUAAGGAAGGAAAGUACGCUGAGAAACAAAUCCUGCACCUACACAGAACAAGAUUUACAUUGCUGAAUGAUUUAAAGUGUGUUUUACGUGUUGAUUGCCUGUUAUUCUUUGCAACUCAAGCGGGGGGGGGGGGGGCUAAUCGCGGAUUUUUAAAGCCCAUGGAAGAAAAUCAAUUCUGUGCUAUAUGUAUGUGCACUGAGGCCCCAACACCUUCCCCAGUGUAAUGACUUCUUUCAGUAUGCCAUUCAUGACAUGCAAGUCUUCUCAUACAGCUACCUUUCUCAGAGAAGGGGAUUGGGGAUGAGCACAUAUUGAAACACUGCAGCCAUGCCGCUUUUCCAUGUGGAAACCCUUUGUUUUGGUUGCUAUUUUGAGAUGUAGCUACAUUUAGUCUAUAUUCUGUUCUGCCCAUUCCACCUGAAUUCUGAUGCAAAGACGACAAAGAACUGCCAACAGAAACACAAUUGGACACUAAAAGCAAGGGGCACACUAUUCUGAGUCUAGCUCAGGAGCAAACAGAGGAACAGCAUACAGUGGGUGGGGGAAGAUGAUGUCAAAGAAUCAACUUUAGCACCUUCAGGAAUGAGAAUAAAAUUUGUAUUGCUGGAAGAAGAACCAGUAAUAUUGGUCUUUGCCACAGGGAGAUCAUCUAAUUAAUACUGUUGAAUAUUCUACAGAGCUAGAGAAAAGAGAAGCUUAGAGAAAGUUCACUUCCACUACCUUCAUAUGGUAAGUAUUCAGGUAAUCUGAUGAUAAAAAAAGAGUCAAAUACUCCAUGAAGGAAUCCAGUCAAUUCAUUAAUCUAAAUACACAAUGAAUGUACACAAUUAUAUCCUAGCAAUGUAUAAUCUACAAUAAGCAUGUUAUUACAAAGUAUUAAGGAAACUUUCACUGAGCUUUGAAAUGAGAAUAUUUAAUUCUUUCAUUCCAUCUCUUACAGGUUACAGACAUGGUGCUGAAUUCUACCAUGUUUCUAAUAUAUUUUACUUAAGCUACAAUACCAAAAAUACUACCUUUUCCCAACUACAAUUAUUAAAUUUAUUGUCUUUGUUGUAAUACUGAUAGUACAUAAAUUCAAAGCUCUACAGAUGUUAUUUGUUAAUCCAACUCUUCAUGCAGUGGAGUAAAAAUCAGUUGAUUUAUCCAGAAAACAAACUGCUUUAUUGGUUACAGAACCUAAACCACAACUUACACUCAUUUCUGUUUAUAUUAUAAAAUUAGCACCUUCCAGUCAUUUGUGGGCAUGUUUUCUUCCUUCCUAACAAUAAAGCAAGCAAUGGCUAAAGUUAGCAAAGCUUAUACCUAAACAUACCAACAUUUUAAUUAUGCGGGAAUCUUUUCUAAGUUUUGUAGGGAUACGCAUUUCAGAGAAAAAAUACUUUUUUCCAAAUGUUUUCAACAAGCAAUUUUACAUGGAAAGUGUUUACCUACCAUCAAAUCCAUGUUAUAUUUUUCAUUCAGGAUCAAAGGGAGGUACUAAAGAACUAUUAAACCAGAUAGCAGAUUUGGCUAUGCUAAUAAAAAAUAACAGUUCAUUCUUUAAAAAAAAAGUUUUACUUUUAGAUGACAUAGAUUUAGGAACUACCCACCUGCAUUAUUUAGAACUAAUUUGCUGGUUAAAAUUUUACUGUGUCCCUAUCAGCAGUGACCUUAUUUCAUAGUAUCUCUUCAGACUGCUGGCUCCUAGUGCUACAGGUAUGGAAGGACAAUUUUGAGCAUGCUUCUUAGAUUUUCUUUAGAUGCAGUUACACAAAUUUCCAUCUUUAAAAAUAAUAUGCUAAAAAGUGUUUUAAAAUUCAACUUGCUAUCGUUUAACCUGCACUAAUACAAUAAAAUGGUGCUGACCAGAACCACAGCAGUAAACAUGCCAAAGCACAGAUGCAUGGCAACAAGUUCACAUCCCGAUGUGUCAAGACCAUGUCCCCCUCUCUCAAAAAAGGCAAAAGCUACAAUAAGCCACACAUGGAUCUGCACUACUUUUCCAUUCUUUGCACAUGAAAACAUAGGAGAAAAAAAACCACAGGAUGCCAACAAUUUGACAUCAUUUUGCCCCGUAAGGACUCAGUGAAUGGAAGAGUAUGGAACAAUCCAUAAUUGCAUGAUGCAGAGCAGAACUGCCCCACGACACUGGGGUUUUCCUCUUCCACUUAGCCUCCUGAGUAGUGCCUCAUGAUAGUUGAGACAACCUGCUUUUGGGUCAGUAGGGUUUGCUUAUAGGAGCCUUUAGCUUUUGCAUGGGACAAUUUAGAAAUGAAUAAUUACAUUUAGCGAUAAAAAGGCUAAAUCACAGUCUUUUCUUUCAGGCUCUGUUCACUGCAACC